GAAAUGGAAGACGAUCCAAACAAUCCUUUUAAUGUAUCAGACAACCAAAGAGAUCAAUUUGAAUGAUCUUACGACAUCUGAAUUUCCCGUUGAAAGUAAUUCAGAUGAAUCAUAUCAUCCAAGCUCGGAUGAUGAUGACACCUUUGUUGAGUCUGACUGCGAUAAUUUCAGUGGAAUCAGGAGAAUAACCCAAUAA